CUUCACUGGGCCUACAAGGGCGAGGAUGCAAAGUACAAUGAGUCCAAUAUGGACGAGGAGAUUGGGGUAAAGUGGUGUCACGCUGGAACAAGCGCUAGGCCUAUAGGCCAAGCGAAUACGAACGACCUUGUGUCAGUUGAGGCUUUGAGGUCGGGAUGGACGCCGAGCGCGAUCAGGAUGGGCCAGGCACGAAGAGACUACAGGCGUACCGCCACCCAUAUCUCACGGUCAUUCAUCAAAGAAGAGCUGAGGUCACGCUAUCUGAUUACUCUUACCCUCUUUCCCUUGCUUGCUCAUCCCAGGCAUUCGGCCUUUCCCUCUCUGUGAGGGCGUUACCCACCCCGUCAUUGCGCUUUAUAAGCCACACCAGCCCUCAUCGAUCCCUCGCCGACCUCCCUCUGACUCGCAUCACCUCCCGCUCAGAAGGUCUAAAAUCAAUUGAAAAAAAUGUCAAGCGUUCCAUCACAGCACUUCCUCUCACUUCCCCGUCCCGACAUCGUAGUCGGGCCACCAACUGGUGUACCAGAUACCUCCACCACCGCUGCCCAUGAUUUCGAUAUUCACGGUCGGACAGGCUUCAUGCCUCCCGAUGAACCCACCCAGCAGCUACCGAUCGAGUACGCUGUUUGGGAGUGCUUACUAGAAGAAGCUAUCGCAUUGCCUUUGCAGCGCGGUACCAAGGAAGAUAUCACAGACGACGAGGUAGUGGCGAACGAGCGAUGGCGUGCACAAGUGCGCGAGAUGCCCGUUCUAUCGCAUGAGCUCCUCGUUGGAUCUGAGCAUCUCCUCCGGCGCGGUCAUCAUACCCUCGCUUUCCUCCUCCACUUCUACGUCAACUCGCUUCCUCCUACGACUCCCAUUGCCAUUCCCCGAUCGCUUGCCCUCCCCAUGCUUAGAGUCUCGGAAGACCUGCAGCUUCCGCCUGUCCUUACCUAUUCUGACAACGUGUUGUACAACUGGCGCCUGACGGAAGAGCCAGCCCAAGAAACCGCCAAUGCCCAUGCCAGAUCUCGCUCAGACGACUACAACCCAUUCGGGCUUGUACCCGCCGACGAAGAUGCCUUCUUCCUCUCAGCGGCCGACGACAAUCCCUUCGGCCUAGUUUCCUCGGACCCUAUUGAACCCGGAUCUCCUUUACCGUCCUCAUCUUCUACUUCCGUCCCGCGUCUCCCUACCCCCUCCACCGUGACCUCCAUCCACACAUUUAGCGGCACCCACUCCGAAGUCGUAUUCUACCUGGCCUCGCAGCGUACAGAACUCCUCGGCGCACGCGCGCUCUCGCUCAUGCAAAGCACGCUGGACGAACUCUUCCUCUCUGACGCGCUCGCCUUCCGCCGCAUCACUCGCUACCUCUCCCUCCUCUCCGAUGUCAUUGCCGACAUGUCCGGCGCGAUCCAGGGCGUACGGGAUGGAUGCGAUCCGCGCGAGUUCUACGAGGAGAUAAGGCCGUGGUUCCAUGGCCAGCAGCCCGGACGGGAGUGGGUGUGGGAGCUGAGCGAUGAGGAGAGGGAGACGAUCGAGAUCUCGAAGGAUCUGAAGGGUCCGAGUGCGGGGCAGAGCGCGCUCAUCCAUGCGCUGGAUGUCUUCCUGGGUCUCGAUAACUGCGCGCAUAGGGAGCGGAAGGAAGGUAGCGCUGAUGAGAAGAACGAUCCUGGCGCUCUCCUGCGCGACAUGCAGAAGUACAUGCCCCGCCACCACCGUGCGUUCUUGCGUCACCUUUCCGCAUCGCCACGUCCGCUCCGGGACGCUGUGGAGGCGCGUGUUGAGACAGUUCGCUUGGCACAUGAUACUUCGGAUGAGGAGAAGAAGGACGCAGAGGAGCUCUUGGAUGCGUACAACGACGCCGUGUCAGCCGUCAAGGCCAUGCGCGACGCGCACAUCCGCAUCGUCGCGACAUACAUCAUUGGGCCAGCUGCCCGUGCUCGGGAGCGUGCCCAGGCCCGCGAGGAGGGACGAGUAGAGGGUGCGGCGAGCCGUGUAGAUACCACGGCGCAGGAAAAUGGCAAGCUCAGGGGUACGGGCGGGACGGACCUCGUUCGGUUCCUCAAGGGUGUGCGGGAUCAGACUGCGCGGGCGGUCAUUGCAGGAGAGAAGCGGUGAUAGAGAAUUGUGUUAUUUUUAUCAGGUAUUUAGGCUUUGUGACAUAUGCAUACAUCAGACGGAAAUUCC